AUGAGGAAGGAAAGGAAUAACAUAGAAGAUGAGAACAGUACCCCAGUGGCAUUAGAGGGACAAGGCACCUCUGGGAGCCACCUAAAUGACCAAAAUGUCUUGAGGGGCACAAUCAGCAGCAACAGAACUGGCCGAGCUGCAGAGACUGGCCCUGGGACAGUAGAGGCCACGACACAGAGUCCAACUACCCCCAGCCCUGUGGCUUCCACCUCUGGCACCUCUCCUGCCUCAGGUACCACCGAGGCCGGGCCUUCACCCACUGUGGGCAGCAGCACGGAGACACCAACACCUGGACACCCCUCCACAGCCCUCCCAACGGGACAGCCCAAGGUGCAGGGGACGGCCACCUCACCUCCCACGGGGAGCCCCUCGCCCUCCACAGCCACAGCCUCUGCAGGCAGCAGUGCCACCACUCGUCAUGGAGAUGAGGAGAGCUCCACCGCGACCCAGGGGGACAUAACAACAACUCAGCCCACUGCCAACACCACCCACUCCCUCCCUUCCACACCCCUGAUGUCCACAAUGAAGGUGAUGGGUGGAAAAGGGAGGACAGACACUACAACCACGGCAAUAACGUCAGGAGGGAGCUCACUGAGGACAUCCAGGAGUGGUGCAGUGAGCCCAGCAUUCCCAACAACAGGAACUGGCACCACCACUGCCCCAGAGAGUGGCACUGCUUCCUCCCCGUCCUUCGGCUCAGCAGUGACGAGCCACUCCUCCUCCUCCUCCUCUCCCGAGGGCUCCUCACCUGUGACUGCCAGCCCACAGCAAAGUGGCACCAGCAGCACCACUGAGAUGCUCUUGGCCACCACAUCCCACCCAUCCGCAUCCCUCGUGUUCUCCACUGCUGGUGUUACAGACACGGGGUCAGACACUGUGACAGCAGAGGAGGUGACACCCAGCCCAGCUCCCAGCACAGCCAGCACGAACCCAGUCUCUUCUGCCUCCAUCCCCUCUCCUGCCUCAGAAACCACUGCACCCAGCCGCUCACCUGCACCAGGCAGCAGCACGGGGACACCAGCACCUGGACACCCCUCCACAGCCCUGGCCUCUGCAGGCAGCAAUGUCACCACUCCUCCUGGAGAAGGGGAAAGUUCCACCAUGAACCAGGAGGACAGAACAACUGAGCCCACUGCCAACACCGCCCACUCCCUCCCUUCCACAUCCACGACGAACCUUAGUGUGCCAACAUCUGCUAAUCCUUCUUCUACUUGCUUGACCGUGUCCAUCAAAGUUCAGAACGUGACUGCAGAAGAAAUACGGCUCAGCUGGACCAGCAGCAGCAAAAGCAGCUUCUACAACAUCUCUGUCAAGGAUGGUGGAAAGGAGAUUCGUACAACAACUACAAAUGAGACAAAAGCUGUGUUUCAAAACCUGCUUCCUGGCCAUGUGUAUGACAUUUCUGUGGCAGUGUCAUCCUGUGCUGAGAACAAUCCUGCUUCAGUCACUGUCCGAACAGAUUCUGGUUCCUGCUUCAAAAGAACUGAGUUGUGUUUAGCACAAAGUACUGGCUGUUCUGACUUGAAAAGCAUUGUAUGCUCCAAUAACCAAGCAUUUGCCUGCAGAGUUUGGUUAAAAAAUGAGACAUUUAAUAAUACACUUUAUAACUCUGAUAGUGAAAGCUACAUAACAAUGGCUGAACGUUUCAAAACAGAGGUUGUUGCAGCAAUGCACGCUGAACUGGGGAAUAACCACUCCGACAUUUUCGUGCUGGGGUUCAGACCUGGCAGUGUGAUUGUUGAUUUUCUCUUUCUGCUGCCAAAAGAAAAAGCCAUGGAUGUGGAUUAUAUACAGACCCACCUGAGUAACGUGCUAAGGAGCAAGUAUGGGAGCCAAAGUGAAGUGCAAACUCUGUCUGUUCAGUCAUCAACUGACAACAGCUCCUCCUGGAGAGUAGCAGUGAUUGUCCUUGGAGUUUUACUUGGAGUUGCUUUAGUGCUGAUUCUCCUGGCAAUAGUGUUUUACAUCCAUGUGAGGAGAAGAUCAGGUAUGGAUUUUUCCACAUUGUACACGUGGUAGAGUGAGGAACAGAGAAACUUCUCUUCAGCCUAUCCCCUAUAGGUACUGCAAUGACUCUUAACACUGAAAAUCUAGAGAGACAAGACCCAAACUACUCAAUACUGUAUUUAGGUGACACUGAAAACAAGGUGACUGAGCCUGGUAGCUGUGGCAGAUCACCUGAAUGCUCAGCUGAGCCCAGAGUCAUCCUGUUGAGUUUUGUGCACUUGCCCAAGGGUGAUUCACCUCCCCUGAGACUUUUAUCACUAUAUAAAAUUAUAUAUAUAUAUAUAUAUAUAUAUAUAUAUAUAUAUAUGCCUUUUUAUCUCCUGUGACUGCAGAAUGAGCCCAGAGUAAUUAGCAUUACAGCUUGAUUAGGAGUUUGGAGAAAAAUGGGCUACAUCUCAGUUAUGUGGACUUGCUAGAGAAGUCUGGUGGACCAGAAACUUGAUUAGGAGGCUCCUGAAUUCAAGGUUUCUAUAAUUGCUGGGCUAUGAAGAAAUAACUACUUAUAUGUGUCAAAUGUAUAGCAUGCUAAAUACAGCUGUGCUUUCACAGCAUAAUCUCAGAGAUGGGGAAGGCAAACAUUAGGUUAAUUUGAGCCAAAAGUAUUUCACUCACCUAUUGUUGCCUGUCAGAAAUGGUUGGCUGAGCAAGGAUGUGCCAUAUAGUGCAAUUUUGUCCUGGUGAAGAUACAUUCUGUCCCUACUGUGGUGGAGUUUUUCCUGCUUGGAAUGUGCUGAACAGAUGAUAAAGGGGCAGUUUACUGCUGUACAUAUUUCCAAGCAGGAUUUAUGUGUUUCAUUUCAAACCAGCUCUCCCUGUAUCUGUAUAUUUUGUCAGUCUGCCUACAUUUGGAAUUCCUGUUGAGGCACUGAGCAUCCCAUGAUGUUGAGGCCCUGGCUCACAGGCCCUGAACAGCCCUGGUUUUUGGGGGAUUAGGUUGUGGUUAUUUGGCACAGAUUAGAGUACACUGGUGCCAGAACUGCAGCACAAGCAGUGUGGAGGUGCACAAGCAGCUCUGCUCUGCUCCAUGUGCAGCCAGCCUUCAUUCUUCUCAUCCCUCCUUCCCUGUGCUGUAACACAGCUCCUGGGACAGCCCUGCUGAGGAUCCUGUCUGGAAUAUUAUUUUUAGUAGCAGGGACCUAUGAAACAGGGUCUUGCAUGCCUUGCUCUCCCUUUCCUUCCAUGGAGGGUCAACUUGUCUAUCCUGAUUAAGAUCUGGGGUGUGGAGUCACAGACACCUCACUGGUGGGAAGAGAGUGAUUAGUACUUGUUAAACUUAUAUUAUGUGGCUUUUAAAUAUAGCUAGCUCUGGUGUUCUACUCACUGAGCAGUCACUCAACAAUGUAUUCUGUCAGUAAAUACAAGUUCUCCAGGGAGCUCCACUGAAAAUAAAAAUGAGUGCUCUCUUAUGUUAAUACUCCUUUAUUUCUUUUUUGAGGAAUCUGCUUUGAAUAGCAAAUCCUCAUUGUCAGUAAACCUUUCUGAUGUCCUUGUAAAUAGUGUUAAAUAGAGACCAUGUACAGCAGGCUUGAACAACCCUGGGACUGUUCAUGCAAAAUGUAUUUAAUGUCUUGGGGGGGAAAAAGAAGUGGUAUUUUAAACAAUUUUCUUGAAGAUGCUUUACAAAUAAAAUCUUUAUUUUUACAAUUGUG